CAGGAAGUAGCAGCAGCGCCGCAGCAGCGUUUGCUGGUUAGCUGCGGGCUAGCAUGUUAGCAAGCAUUACAUACGGAGCUGUCAAGUAAAACAACAACAACAACAAAGCUCUGCAUGCACCGUUAACUCAAACUUAAUGUUUAUCCGGGGGCACUGCGUGUCCAUAUUGAGACAAUGUCGAGCAGAAAGCGAACGAAAGAGAAGGAGGAAAGGCGAGACCACAAGAGACACAAGACAUCGAAACACGAUUUGGAGAAACUCACGACACAGACGAAGAAACUCAGCCAAGAAGUUCAGAAACUGAAACACGUCGAAACCUUCUACGAGAAACCUCCACCAGGACUCAUCAAGGAACAUGAAGAAAAACCGGAGGACUGUAUUCCAGCCGAACCAGGAAAUGAAGAAGCCAGGACCUUCCUGGCCCACGCCCCCACCAAGGGGCUGUGGAUGCCCCUGGGGAAGGAGGUGAAGGUGAUGCAGUGCUGGAGAUGCAAACGUUACGGCCACAGGACUGGAGACAGAGAGUGUCCGUUCUUCAUCAAAGGCAACCAGAAACUGGAGCAGUUCCGAGUGGCCCAUGAAGACCCGAUGUAUGACAUCAUUCGGGAAAACAAAAGGAAUGAGAAAGAGACCAGGAUCCAGCAGCUUCAGCAGCUGCUCCAAGACACCACCUCCUCCUCUUCCUCCUCCUCCUCCGAUUCAGACAGCUCCUCGUCUUCGUCUUCCUCCUCCCCGUCCUCCUCCGACCACCACCGCAGCAAGAAGAGGAAAAGGAGGAAGGACAAAAAGAAGAAGGACAAGAAGAAGAGAAAACGGAAGCGAAAGCACAAGUCCUCCAAAACCAGCGACCGCUCGGAUUCAGACUAAGUGUUUGCUGAUAUAUAUGAACUUGAACGCUGCGUUCUUCAAACGUAGAAAGAGACUGAAUAAAAUAGCAGAGAUGGUAGAUCUUCCACAGCACUGAGGCCUGUACCAGAUCAGAAAGAACUGCACUCUGGAGACUCCCUUAAGCCUUUUCUCUGCAGCUUGAAACUCUAUUUCCACUGUGCAUGACUUCUCCCGGCUUCGUUUUAUUUCCCCCAGGGUGACAACUUGAAGUUACAUCCUCAGUUAGAGCUCCGAGCGCAGAGUCAGGAGGAGUAACUGCUUAAGUAUGUAUGUGCACACAUGCCUUGAUGCAUGUGUGUGUCAAAAAUAAUUUGCUGCAUGGGGAAUGAAUCUAAAGUGAUGUGGAAUGAGCCUGCUGGUGCGAGAAAUAAUGUUCUUUCACAGGUUCUAAGCACGUCAGCAAAUACGGUGUGUCAUUAAGAGAUUGUAUUUUCCAACAUUUUUUGUUUGUUUGUUUUUUGUUUCGUUAGGCCUGCCGCCGUGCCGGUAUAAAAUACUGUGAUUGUAGAGUUUGCUCAAUGCAAAGAGAUGGAGGAAAUAAGUUCAAAUUAAACGUUUGAGUUCGA